AUGGCAAACUACUAUCCCCCGCCCCCUGGAGCUGGCGGUCCUUCCGCCGGAGGACAGCAGAGCUACCCGCCUCCUCCUGGAUCGGCACCCCCCACACAGACUCAAUUCUCGUAUCCCGCCCCUCCCUCCAGCACCCAAGCUGCCACGAAUUACCCUCCUCCGCCCCAGGCCGGCGCAGCUCCUACUCCGCCGCCAGCGUCGUCGACACCUUCAUACCAGCACCAGCAACAACACUAUGCGCCGCCUCCUCAACAGCAACAGUACGCGCCGCCUCCUCAACAACAAUAUGCCGCUCCCCCGCAGCAACAAUAUGCCCCACCACCACAAGCGUCUCCUUCACCUAUGCAACACGGCGCACUGCCCCAGCAUCUGCGGACUGCCUCGACCGCAUCGCAAGGCUCGCAGAAGCAGCCGCAGUUUGCCGCCCCUCCGUCAUACCCCAAGGAGGACGACAAGGGGGCGUACCCGGCGGAGAAGACACAGCAUCUGCAGCAGGCACACGCGCAGGCGCAAGUCCAGGCCCAGGCUCAUUCCCCAGCGAUUGAUCCCACUGGCGCCCCCACUGGCAAUAACUUCGCUGGUGCUACCUCAACGAUAGUUGAUGAUGUCGGCACCUUCAACGGCGGGAGCUACCGGAUCAGCCACCGCGACUGCAACUCCAUCCUGACCAUCCAGCUGGCGAUCGGGUGCCCCGUAGAAGCCAGGCCAGGUUCUAUGAUCGCCAUGUCACCCUCCAUCGUCCUCAAAGGCCACAUCAAGUUCAGCAUGAAGAAGUUGGUGGCAGGCGGCGACAUGAACAGCUCGACCUUCACGGGUCCCGGCGAGCUGCUGCUGGCGCCGCCCAUGCUCGGCGACAUCACCAGCCUGCGCCUGAGCGGCCAGGAGGCGUGGUCUGUCAGCCACGACGGCUUCCUCGCCUGCACCCAGAACGUCAUCAAGGACUACAAGCGCCAGGGGCUCGGCAAGGCCAUGUUUAGUGGGGAGGGGUUGUGGGUGUAUAAGAUCUCGGGGACGGGGCUGUUGUGGUUGACCAGUUUUGGGGCGAUUAUCCGGAAGGAUCUCAUGGACGGCGAGAAGUACAUCGUCGACAACGGCCACCUUGUAGCGUGGAACACCAAGUAUGUCCUGGAGCGUGUUGCUUCGGGCGGCCUCAUGUCCGGCAUGGCGUCUGGCGAGGGCCUGGUGUGCAAAUUCACGGGACCGGGGACCGUCUUCAUCCAGACUAGGAACGCGAAAUCGUUUACGGCGUACAUGACGGGUCAGCAGGCGGCUGCGUAG